AUGGUGAACCGACGCAGUGGACUACGAUACGAGAAUGGUGAAUCCUCUAACACUAACCCCGACCUAGCUCAAAUCAUGCAAGCGCUUAUAACCGCCUUAAACACCAACCGCCGAAACCAAAACCGCAAGGGUGAACCUAUGACCCAAACCCGAGUGAUGAAUGAAUUUUGCAAACGCCGACCUCCGACCUUCAAUGGAGAUACCAACCCCACCGUGGCUGAAACAUGGUUGAAGGAAGUUAAGGUGAUCCUGGACACCUUUGAGAUUACCCGAAAUGGAGAUCGUGUGGCCUUAGCCACAUACCAGCUGAAAGGAGAGGCCCAUUAUUGGUGGGAUCUGAUGGAGGAGCAAGAGUUCCUUAACCUGAAGCAAAAAACGAUGACCGUCACUCAGUACGCAGCCAAAUUCGAAGAGCUGUCUCAUUACGCCCAAACUGCCGUUGCAACGGAGGACAAGAAGGCGAGAAGGUUUGAGUGGGGGCUGACCACUGCUAGAAGGGCUGUGGUAGCUCAGGCUUUCCCCACCUAUUCCGGUGUGGUGAAGUGUGCUCUUCGACUGGAAAGCGAAGAGAAUGAUUUUCAAGACCCGAUGGAGGAAGGCAACAAACAACACUAG